GAAGUUGCAGAUGGAUUUCAUGCCUAGUUUUGGUGGGCAGACUCGAGUAACUCUAAGAUAGCUACCACGUGUCUUAUAUUGCCAUCCUCAUUAGCUUUUCCAUCUUCGUUGAAUUAAAGGAGCCCCGUGGCCUUACGGCAGUGAGGCACAGAAGAAUAUACAUUUCCCAUUUUUAAUUCUGCGUUUCUUUAUCUUUUCCCUUUCUUUUAGGGGAACCAACCCGUGCACCCAUCAUCGUCCGACGCAGAUCUAACAAAAUCAAAUGGCUGUAGCGUUGAAGCGGGGGAGAGUAAAGCGGUGGAUUUUUGAGUCCAUUACAGAGAAGUUUACAGGGGCUGUACCCAAUAACUCCGACGAUUUCAAGAGCCGUAUGCUCAGGCGGAACCCAUAUAUAUGGCUAUUUGAAACCACGGGUGCAGCAGCCCCAAAAUCUGGCAAUUCUGAAUGUCAGAAGGUAGUUGAUAUGAUUCCUGUUCCUCCUCAACAGGCCUCCAGAGAGCAUCAGCAUUCCCAAAAUGAUGGAAAGCACGGGGGCUCGAUGAAGCGGGGGAGAGUAAAGCGGCAGAUUUUUGAGUCGAUUAUAGAGAAUUUUACAGGGGCUGUACCCAAUAACUCCGACGAUUUCAAGAGCUGUAUGCUCAGGUGGAACCCAUAUGUAUGGCUAUUUGAAACCACGGGUGCAGCAGCCCCAGAAUAUGGCAAUUCUGAAUGUCAGGAGGUAGUUGAUAUGAUUCCUGUUCCUCCUCAACAGGCCUCUAGAGAGCAUGAGCAUUCCCAAAAUGAUGGAAAGCACGGGGGCUCUGUCUUCAACACCAUUAUUAGUGGCAAUAUAAUUUACGCUAACAAUUCCACCAGGGUAGGAAUUUCGCAUUCUAAUUCUAUGAAUGAGGUGAGAGAAAUACGGAAUCUGGUUUUGGAUUUUGGAUGCCAACGCAUCAAAGACAAUUGAAGCAAAAUUAGGAAAUCAUCGUUACCAAGUCAUUUAAAGAAGAGCACAAAAUAGGGUUCGCGGAUGCUGGAGUAGAAGGAGAGUCAAAGAGCCGCUACCAUCGUCAAGUUCUCGAGCACCAUCACAAUCCAUAAGUUAUGUUUUCUAGUUUUUCAAUUUUGUUUUCUUUGAACAUGAGUAACUAAAUUAUUCUCUAGGGCGAGGAUUACGCCCAAGCAUGGAUAGUUAUGAUUUCUAAUGUGAUUUAAUUGAUUCUUGGUUUAUAUUAGAUGAAUAAUCACUAUUUUAAUU